AUGUCAUCUACAACCGGGAGUCAAAGUAGUUCUGGUAAAUAUGGCCGUAGAAGAAAUACGGAUAAUAUAAAUGAUCCAAAAUUUAAGCUUCCAUUCAAUUAUGGUAAGUGUAUUUGUGUAUUAUUUUGCCGUUUAUAUUUCUUAUUUUUGGGAUAUUUGACCAUUUCAUCACAAUCUCAUCCAAUUCCUCCUGUUUGUCUGAUUCUUCAUUAAUAGUGAUGUGCUGUAGUGUUAACUUACGCUGACUGUGAAUUCAUGUUUAGUGGCAAACUUAACUACCGGUUAUAUAUUAGUACUGAACGGACAUUGUAAGAGCGGGUCUUUUGAGAUUUCAUGUCUCUGCACUAAAUCUACCCAACUCAAAUAGUGUUUUAAAUUUAUAAGUGGUAAUUUUUAGGAUGGACGAGGGAAUUAGUGAGGAGGAAACCUAAAAUUAAAGGUAAAAUACAAUUUGACGUGUAUUAUUAUGACCCAACCAAUAAGAAAGCAAGAUCAUUAAAGGAAGUGAAGAUAGAGUUAAAAUCCAAGACUCCUUUAACAAUAAAGAACUUUACUUUCUUAAAACAACCAAUUGGAAUGGAUGAAUCGAUGGAAAUAAUUAGAGAUGCCAAUCCUAAAGUAAGAUAUUUUAUUGAAUGUUGUUUAAUUUCGAUUUCUAUAUAUUAUAAUUUGUUUUUAGGGUAAAAGAUUAGUGGACCGGAGAUCUAGGCCUAGAAUAAUAGAGUCAGAUGAAGAUAUAGGUAAUUAAUUAUAAUUAUUAUAAUUUAUUAAAUUAAUUAUUUCUAAUGUAUUAGGAUACAUACUGAUCGGAACUAGAUUAAUAGUAUUGCUUUUUCAACAAUAUUUAUGUAAUAUUACAGUAAAAUCAAUAUUAUAUUGAAACAAUAUGUAUGAAUUAGUACCUAGAUUUGUUCCACAUAAUCUUUUAAUCAAAUUGAUUUUUGUUAAAAUUUCAUAUUGAAAUUCCUUUAUAGAAAAAAAAAAUACUGUAUUAAACUGAAUAUGUUUUCUUUUGAACACAAAGUAAGACUUUUAAUGAAUUUCCUGUUAAAUUAAUGUCCACGCAUUUCUAUUUAGUCCUAACAAUUUGACCACACAGUUACUACCAAAUACAAAUUAUGUAUACUUAUAAAGCUCAAAAAUUACCUUAAUUUGUUGAAUAUUUCAACUGAAAAAAUCAAAUUUAUUUUUUUUUGUUUAAAAUAAUUUAGAGCCUUUAAAUACAACUACAUCCACAACAGAAAGUUAUGUUGAAGAAAGACAUGCUUCUCAGUCAACAGAUUCUCCAUAAAUGUCGAUUAAUAACAGUGGAAAACUAUAACCAUAACAUUAAAGAUUCUGCUGCAAGAAAUGCAUACAUAUUAAGACA